GCCGCGCUCGGGGCGAAGGCGGCUGGAGCUGCGCCGGGGGCCGCCCCCGCCCGCUUGCCGGCCUGGCCUCCGCCGCCCGCUCACCCGCCGCCCCGCUCUCCGCUUCGCUCCCCGCCGCGUCCCGGCGCGAAGAUGGCAACCGAUGGGCUGCACGAGAACCAGACGCUGGCGUCGCUGAAGAGCGAGGCCGAGAGCCUCAAGGGCAAACUGGAGGAGGAGCGGGCCAAGCUGCACGACGUGGAGCUACACCAGGUUGCAGAGCGGGUGGAGGCCCUGGGGCAGUUUGUCAUGAAGACCAGAAGGACCCUCAAAGGCCAUGGGAACAAAGUUCUCUGCAUGGACUGGUGCAAAGAUAAGAGAAGGAUCGUGAGCUCAUCCCAGGAUGGGAAGGUGAUCGUGUGGGAUUCCUUCACUACUAACAAGGAGCACGCGGUCACUAUGCCCUGCACGUGGGUGAUGGCUUGUGCAUAUGCCCCAUCAGGAUGCGCCAUUGCAUGCGGUGGUUUGGAUAAUAAGUGUUCUGUGUAUCCACUGACAUUUGACAAAAAUGAAAACAUGGCUGCCAAAAAGAAGUCAGUCGCUAUGCAUACCAACUACCUGUCUGCCUGCAGCUUCACCAACUCAGACAUGCAAAUCCUGACGGCGAGCGGCGAUGGCACAUGUGCCCUGUGGGACGUGGAGAGCGGACAGCUGCUGCAGAGUUUCCAUGGGCAUGGGGCCGAUGUGCUCUGCUUGGACCUGGCCCCCUCAGAAACAGGCAACACCUUCGUGUCUGGGGGAUGUGACAAGAAAGCCAUGGUGUGGGACAUGCGCUCUGGCCAGUGUGUGCAGGCCUUUGAAACACACGAAUCCGACAUCAACAGUGUCCGAUACUACCCAAGUGGAGAUGCCUUUGCUUCAGGAUCAGAUGAUGCUACGUGUCGCCUCUACGACCUCCGGGCAGACAGGGAGGUCGCCAUCUAUUCCAAAGAGAGUAUCAUAUUUGGAGCAUCCAGUGUGGACUUCUCCCUCAGUGGUCGCCUGCUGUUUGCUGGAUACAAUGAUUAUACCAUCAAUGUCUGGGAUGUUCUCAAGGGGUCCAGAGUCUCCAUCCUGUUUGGACAUGAAAACCGCGUUAGCACUCUACGAGUUUCCCCCGACGGGACUGCUUUCUGCUCAGGGUCAUGGGAUCAUACCCUAAGAGUCUGGGCUUAAUCGUCUCUUCACAAUGCACACCUGAGAGUAGAAUUUGAAAUCAUCAUAUGUAAACAGAUCUUUCUUCUAGAGGAUCUGAGGGCUACUGCAACUUAGCUUAAAGGAGAAACUCUAUGGCUGAAGUUCACUCAGCGUCCCCAAUAUUACCAUUAAAACUACCACACUUGGAAAGAUACUGGUGUGAGCCUCCAGCACUAGGACACCUUCAAACCCUUUAGUGUCUCUGCACUCUGACCUGGACCUCCUAGAAGUGAAGGAAUACAGGACAAAAGAAAAGUCACCUAGACUAUGAGGAGGCAAAUUCAAGGUUAUGUUUGGAGAGGCAGAGAGCAUCUUCAGUAUAUGUGCAAAAAUGGCCCAUAACUUUCCAAUCAAAAAAGCUUUGGGGGAAAAAAAACGAUGAACGCAUUCCCUAGAACACUCACUUACCCACGUUGGCAGUAAACCACCGCCCACCGUCUGUACCCAAGAGAAAUGAAGACCUGCCCACACAGAAACUUGAACACAAAUGUGCACAGUAGCCCAAAGUGGAACAUCUCAAAUGUUCAACAACUGAGGUAUGGAUGAACAAACUGCGGCGUAUCAAUAUGAUGGGAUGUUACUCGGCCAUAAAAAGGAAUGAAGGGCUGACUCAUGCCACAACAUGGAUAAACCUUGAAAACAUUAUGCUAAGCAAAAGAAGCCAGACAUAAAGGACCAUGCCGUAUAUGAGUCCAUUUAUAUGAAAUAUUCAGAAUAGGUAAAUCCACAGAGACAGAAAAUAGAUUGGUGGUCACUUAGGGCUCAGGUUGGGAUGAAUGGGUAGGGACUGCCAAUGGGUAUAGGAUUUCCUUUGAGGUAAGGGAAUUAGAUAGGGAUGUCUGCACAACUCUGGGAAUAUACUAAAAACCACUGAAUUAUAUACUUUGAAAAGGGUGGACUUUAUGGUA